CGGCUCGAACCAAUAAAAUAGUCAUCAAUCGGUUGUCUAACAAAACACAUGGAGAACAACAGUUAAAAGCCCAAAAAACAAAAAAAAAGUAACAAAAGAAUAGAAAAAAUGCACCUCAAAAUCGGUCUCAUUGCAAUCGGAAAUAUUGUGAUUCUUUCGUUGGGACAAUAUUAUAAUUUCGAUCCAUACCAUCGAUUUUUGUAUGCCAGUGCCCAGGGGCCAUCGGGAGGAUUUCCAUUUGUAUCUCAAGAACUUGCAAUACAUAACGGAUUUCAGCAGCAGCAGGGAUUUUCGAGGCAAAAUCAAUUUUCUCAAUUUCCUCAACAAAAUGGCUUUGCCUCAGCCCAGGCAUUUUCAACUCAAAAUGGAUUUUCACAACCUCAGCAGCAAUUUUUGCAGCAAAUCAGAGCUCCAUCACAGAAUGUCUCUCCUGUAAAUAGAACACCACAGCGGCAACAACAGCAAAAUAACAUUUCGCCACAACAAGGAGGCUCCUCGCCAAAUAGAUUUCCACCGCAAACAGGAGUCCCAUCUCCAAAUAGACAACAGCAAAAUAAUUUCUCCCCACAACAAGGAGGCUCAUCCUCUUCAAAUAGAUUUCCGCCGCAACCAGGAGUCUCAUCUCCAAAUAGACAACGCCAACAACAACAAUCUGCCCAGCAAAAAAGUCUGCCACAAAAACAAGGAGGAUCUUCGAAAAAUAGAAUUCCACCACAAAGACAACAAAAUUCGGCACCCAUAAGAUUUCCUCCCACGGAAUCUGCCAAGCCAACCCGAAUUCCCCAAAAUUCUGCAACAAAAAGGCCUAAUAGGAAAGGAGGAUCACAGAGUAGGCCGGUAAGGCGCCCGUCGGCAUCCACUGAAAAUGUUCAAUUACAAAGGCCACCGCAACGAUCUCCACCACAAGGAGGACCGCCACCUAAUAGGGGACCUCCACCCAAUAGGGGACCACCACCCAACAGAGGACCCCCACCACAAAGAGGUCCUUCCCGUGGACCACCACCAAGACUUUCAGAUAUCUCCCAAUCAGCCAAUGUACCGCCUGGCUUCCAAUUUAGCCAAGGAUGGUCAUGGCACGAACGUCUGCCCUGGCCUUCACAGACCGGAUUUCACAAGCCCCAAUACAAUACCCAUUUAUCUUUUGAUUUUGCGCGGCCGCAUAUCCCCGAGGCUUUAUAUUAUCAACAUUUUUAUAAAAUCUAUCGAGGAUUGGAUUCGAAUUUUAGUGAUGACAACGAUGAACGCGACGAUGAUUAUAAUGAUGAUUUCGAUGGGCGCUCGGUUGUGGCACCUGGACAAUAUCCCCAUAUGGCAGCAAUUGGUUUCCCAACAACUGAAAAAUUAGUCGAAUUCAAAUGUGGCGGAAGUCUAAUUAGUCCAAAUUUUGUCAUCACAGCGGCCCACUGUUGUGAAUUGAAUGGCGAUACCCCCGUUUUGGUAAAGUUUGGCAUAAUCAACCUCAAAGAUGAAAAUGAAAAUUCGGAAAUACCUCAGACACGUAUUAUAUCCGAAGUUAUUUUACACCCACUCUACAAUACGUCAUUGCAUUAUCAUGACAUUGCCCUGCUGAGAUUACAGGAACCCAUUGUCUUCACCCGAUUUGUGCGACCCAUACGUUUGUGGGCCUUGGAUCGUAUACCGUAUCCACAUGUCUUUACCAUGGGUUAUGGUUCGACAAGUUUUGCCAAGGCACCGACAAAUAUUCUAACAGAGCUAGACUUGACAUUGGUUCGUUUGCAGGAAUGUAAUCAGGCUCUGCCGGCUGAUGAAAGUGCGCCCGAGGGUAUUGUCGAGACGCAAAUUUGCGCCAAAGACUACGUACACAAUCGUGAUACGUGUCAGGGUGACUCUGGUGGUCCAUUACAGUUGAAUCUCCGACGUCGCAGCAAUCGUCCCGGUUUUCGCUUCUAUCUGGUUGGCAUUAUUUCCUAUGGUGAGGUGUGUGGCAGUGGAAGUCCCGGUGUCUAUACACGUGUCUCGUCCUACAUCGAUUGGAUAGCAUCGAUAGUUUGGCCAGAAGAUUUUCAGAAUUUUUAAACAAUAAAGAAAAAACAUAUAUAUUUAUUAAAAUUCA